UACUACUCCCCUUUCAUACUCCUGGCCAAUCGCCCUGUGUGGCUAAGAGCCUUAUCCUUUGUGGCUGAAGAAGAAGAAGAAUGUAUGCGCGUUCCCCUGGCACGAGUCUGCUGAAGAAGAAGACUGCCAUCGAAUCGACAGCAGUAUUGCGAAGUCUGCCUCAAAAUUCAGCAAUAGCGCCGCGUAGCUAGUAUCGUUAAGUCAUGAAUCAUGCUCCAAAUUCCUUCCUUCCCGCCAGAGUAGACUCUUCGCAGGGGUACGACACUAACAGCGGUCAAGUUCUAUAUGAAGAUCAAGCAACGCGACCUCAAGAACCGUACAACGCAACGGCGCCACAGGUGACCUACGACUUACCGCAGCCUUACGUUCAGCCACAACAGCCGAUGGUGCAACCGACGUAUCCGGUACAGCAGCCGAGCGGAGUCGUGCUUGCUGGAACUGCUCUGCCGACGUACAGUUACGUGUAUCCUCCACCAGUGACUGUUGGCGCUGCUGGCACCAGUAAUUCAAUUCAGCAACCAACAAAUCCGGCUGCGACAAGAUCCGCUUCCAAGAGCAUUCUCAAACCUUCUGGGAGUUUUGAAGAUAAUAUCAGGACAAGCAAAGACCACUUGACGUGGGAUGAGGAGAACAUUCUGCGAACGCUCCAUCCACCGAACAAAGACUAUGGACAUAUAAAGAUUGACGAGCCUAGGACCCCGUACAGCUACGACUACCAGGCAAACGACACGAGGGGAAGAUUUACCCACGGACAGCUUCUUGACAGAAUUCAGCGAAACUCGGAGCAACCAGAUAGGUUCCUGGCCAAUGCUAUUUCUUCAGCGUUACGCCGAGACCCGACUGAUGAUGCUGACCGCAGGCGAGACGAGUUCAGGAGGAGGCGUAAGAAGCAUUACGAUGAAUAUCAAAGGGCGAAGGAAAUGAGAGACCACUCGAAGCACCGCCGCUCCAGAGUAGAAGACAGUGAAGACGAAGAGGAUGACGUGUAGAUGGCGCCACUUCUCAACAAUUAUAAAUGUUAACCGCGUUUCAGCACGAUUCUGAACCAUUGUAACGCCUUUUGCUGUACACGAUGCAGUGUGGUAUCAGCGAGCACCGCAGGGAGCAAAAAGGCGUAAAAAAUGGCGCAUUCAUAAGUGUCCUGCACGAUCGCUACCAAUAUUAGGUGAUAGUGAGCCGCAUACUGCUGCACGACGUAAUACGGCACGAAUAAAUUGUGCGUUAUGGAAUAUGA